GGCCGGACUUCGGGUUCCUUCCCGUCGCCCCAGGCCCCCUCGCCGGGGACCGCACCGCCGCCGCGAGAACCUGGGAGGAGCCGUCGGAACCCCAGGGGCCGGGGCCCCGGGGCGCACACCCAGCCCGGCCGGAGCCUGCGCCUCCUGAGCCGGGAUCUGGAGCGAGAUGGCCGCUGGCGGCCGGGCGCCCGAGCCCCGCGUCCUGCUCUGUCUCGGGGCGCUCCUGGCCCGCUGGGUGGCCGCAGGAUCUGGGGCCGUGGUCGUUGGAGAACUUCACGAGGACAUCACUCUGCCCUGCGGCAACGUCUCGAGGCCCAGGGGCCCAGUGACCUGGUACCGGAUCAACUCGGAGCCCGUCUUCCUCAUCUCUUCCAAUGCCAGUCUCCCACCGCGUGAACCUCGCUUCUCUCUACUGAACACCAGCGCCCUGCACAUCGGGAUGCUGAGCCUGCAGGAUGAGGGGAACUACACCUGCCAGGAGACCCUGAACGAGACUCAGUGGUUUCAAGUGUGGCUGCAGGUGGCCAGUGGCCCCUAUGAGGUUGUGGUCAACAUCUCUGCCACAGGCACCCUCCCCAAUGGCACCCUCUACGCAGCCAGGGGCUCCCACGUGGACUUCACCUGCAGCAGCAGUGCCCGGCCCUCACCCGUGGUCGAGUGGUGGUUCCAGGGCCUGAAUUCCCGCGAAGAGUACUUUGGGGACAACCUGACGGUCAGCAACUUCACGCUCUUCCUCAUGUCGCCAAACCUCCAAGGCAACUACACCUGUCUGGCCAAGAACACGCGCAGCGGGAGGCAGCGAAAGGUGACCACCGAGCUCCUGGUCUACUCUGCCCCUCCGUCGGCCCCUCACUGCUGGGCAGAGACGUCAUCGGGAUCGUCCGCGCUGCAGCUCGCCUGUCGCUGGGACGGGGGCUACCCUGACCCUGACUACCUGUGGACAGAGGAGCCUGAAGGGCUGAUCCUGGGGAAGUCGAAGCUAGGGGUGGAAGAGCUGAACCAGACCGAGCUGUCGGAUGGCAAGAAGUUCAAGUGCGUUGGGAGCCACAUAGUGGGGCCGCAGUCUGGAGCCAGCUGCGUGAUACAGAUCAGGAGCCCCUCCCUUCUUUCUGACCCUAUGAGGACUUGCUUUGUGGGGGGCAACGUGACACUCACCUGCCAGGCGUCUGGAGCCUACCCGCCUGCCGAGAUCCUGUGGCUGAGGAACCUCACCCAGCCCAAGGUGCCCAUCCAGUCCAACAGCCGCUAUCUCAUCACCCAGGAUGGCCAGAGCUCCACCCUCACCAUCCUCAACUGCUCCCAGGACCUGGAUGAGGGCUACUACGUCUGCCGGGCUGAGAACGCCAUGGGGGUGCGGGAGGUGGACAUCUGGCUCAGCGUGAAAGAGCCUUUAAACAUUGUGGGCAUCGUGGGAACCAUCGUCAGCCUCCUCCUGCUGGGACUGGCCGUUAUCUCGGGGCUCAUGUUGUAUUACAGCCCGAUGUUCUGCUGGAAAGUAGGAAACACUUUCAGGGGACAAGACAUAGGUGAUGUCAUGGUUUUAGUGGAUUCAGAAGAGGAAGAGGAAGGGGAGGAGGAAGAAGAUGCUGUGGAAGAGGAGGAGGAGGAAGAGGAAGAAAAUGUGAGAGCAGAGUUGCCCAAGGAAGUGCACCAGCAUGGCCACAUCCAUAGAGUGACGGCGCUGGUGAAUGGGAACUUGGAACAGAUGGGAAAUGGACUCCAGGAUCUGCAAGACGAUAGCAGUGAGCCACAAAGUGACCUUGUUCAAGAAGAAGAAAGACCAGUUUGAAGAAGAGGAUUGUCCGGUGUUCUCUGUCCUGAAAGCAGUAUUGAAGAUGAGUUCUUCCUUGACUUGGACUUGGACUUGACUUGGACCCCUGCCUGGGGGCUUGCACUAGCAAGUUUGGGUCUCUGCAAAAUGGACGCGUGCGCACACGCAUGCGUCCACACACACACACGCACACACACACUUUUCCUUCCAUUUUUAAACAAAAAUUGUUGUGAUAGGCUGUAAGAUUUUCGGAUGCUAAGAAAGCAUUGGGAAGGAGCCAUGUGUGUGGGAGAGAAGCCACUUUUGCUGUGACUCCUGGCUCUACCAGGUUGACCUACUGUGACAAACACUGAUCAGGCUGGGGAGGCACUUGGGUGUUGGUGCCCUUUGCCACUAUUAAAGGUUGGUAACCAGCUUGCCCCAGCACACAACGACCUAUCAUGGCGUGAUAAGGAAACUUCCUUUACAACCACCCAGCUGAGCUGAUGACACAGGAACCAGGCAAAUGCCAGGUCUCUGGAAGAGCUGAGGUUUCAGCGACUAAUACAAGUCCGAGGAAGGCAGAGUGGGUCAGGCUUCUGAGUCAGAAACACUCAGGCUGCAAUCGGGGCCCUGCUCCUUUUCGUAUUUUUAAUGGGCUUGGUUGACGUACCUCUCCCUGGGCCUGUUUCUUCAUGUGUAGAGUAGGUGAAACCACACCUUCCUUUGAGGCUGGUGUGAGGACAGAUGAGGCCACUCUGGAUACGAAAGGCCUGGGAGGUUCUCAGUAGAUGCUAGGGGUCUUCUUUGUCUUCCCUUGGGGAAGAAAGAGACGUGCACUCUAAGUUGCUGCUGGUGCCUUUUGUUCUUGGUAGAAUGGUCUCAGCCAGGGCCUUAUCAGAGCGCUCCUGAUGACCUUGGUUUCCCUGGAGAGAAAAUUCUUUAAAAAAGAAGUAGGGUCUGAUGGGAGGAAGUGCCUUUCCUUAUAACCUCACAUAUUUUCACAGCAGCCUCCUAGGAGAUACCCCUAGGAUCAGCCUGCAGCCUAACCGGUUCUUCACCUUCCCUGUUGCCUUGACUGGAGGCAGCAUGCAUGGUUUGUAAAUGAGUAUCCUUAGACAAAUCAGUCCACCUGGACUCAGUUUCUCCAUCCUAGAAAUGGGAACAGGGAAACUUGUUCCCUCCCUACUUCCUAACGAUGAGGACACACGGAUCAAUACACCAAGUUCCCGGAUGAGUUUAGGCUGCUGAUGCUUCUAACAGAUCCUUGUGCAGUUUUUGGUUCUUUUCUUCUCAUUUCAUCCAAAUCUGUGUCAAGUCAGGGACCUCAAAAGGGUGCAAUAGACGUGUGCUAAACAUGACAAUUCGACUUGAAUUUGCACUCUUUGCUGUUAUAUAUCCUGCUCCAGUGGGCAAGACCUAGAGCUUGAAGAACUUCCCUUCUCCAGUAUCCUAAGGAGAGAAGCUGGUUAAAGGAACCCUGCAGGUGCGAUCUGGGACAGAUCUGUUUUUGUGAACAAAGGGACUGAACUAGGGCAAGUCACUGAAGGUGUGCCCUAUCCCCAGCUCGGAAGCGGGCUCAAUUUCCACUCCUCACGCACAGCUGUGAAGCUUGGCUAGGUCUCUCCCUGCUUUGUAGCUCCUGUACUUGGUGGCUCUGAACUGUGGGAGUUAGUGUCAGAUUUCAGAAGGGGAUAUUCAAGUUGCUUCAAAAGUCACUGAAGACUAAGCUGAUUUCUCCUUUAGAGUCUUUGAUGCUUGACUUCUUGGAGCAUCCACUGUUCAGAGGGAAGAGAUUUGAAAGAAGAAAAGGA